GCCGCCGCCGCCGCCGCCGCGCGAGGAGCCAGGAUGGUCCUGGUCCACGUCGGCUAUCUCGUGCUUCCAGUGUUUGGCUCUGUGCGAAACAGAGGUGCCCCCUUUCAAAGGUCUCAGCAUCCUCACGCUACCUCCUGCCGCCACUUCCACCUGGGCCCCCCGCAGCCGCAGCAGCUGGCCCCCGACUUCCCCCUGGCCCAUCCCGUGCAGUCGCAGCCGGGCCUCAGCGCCCACAUGGCCCCGGCCCACCAGCACAGUGGCACCCUGCACCAGUCGCUGACUCCGCUGCCCACCCUGCAGUUCCAGGACGUCACAGGUCCCUCCUUCCUACCUCAGGCCCUGCACCAGCAAUACCUCCUGCAGCAGCAGCUCCUGGAAGCCCAGCACCGCAGGCUCGUCUCACACCCGAGGCGGAGUCAGGAGCGUGUGUCUGUCCACCCCCAUCGCCUCCACCCCAGCUUCGACUUUGGCCACCAACUCCAGACGCCUCAGCCCAGGUACUUGGCUGAGGGUACUGACUGGGAUCUCAGCGUGGACGCCGGCUUGAGCCCUGCCCAGUUCCAGGUGCGGCCCAUCCCCCAGCACUAUCAGCAUUACCUAGCGACUCCUCGAAUGCACCACUUUCCCAGAAACUCCUCCUCCACGCAGAUGGUCGUCCAUGAAAUCCGAAACUACCCUUACCCUCAGCUUCACUUCCUUGCUCUCCAGGGACUGAACCCCAGCAGACACACCUCUGCAGUGCGGGAGAGCUACGAGGAGCUGCUGCAACUUGAGGACAGGUUGGGAAAUGUGACCCGGGGAGCCGUACAGAACACCAUCGAGAGGUUCACCUUCCCCCACAAAUACAAGAAGCGAAGACCCCAGGAUGGCAAAGGCAAGAAGGAAGAGGGGGAGGAGUCAGACACAGAUGAGAAAUGCACAAUUUGUCUGUCUAUGCUGGAAGAUGGAGAAGAUGUGAGGCGCCUCCCCUGUAUGCAUCUCUUCCACCAACUGUGUGUGGACCAGUGGCUCGCCAUGAGCAAGAAAUGUCCCAUCUGCCGAGUGGACAUUGAGACACAACUGGGAGCUGACAGCUGAGGGAGGAACUAGCCAGUGGACACCCCAUUUUCCUUCACCAGGUCCCCCCCACGGCCAUAGCCCUUGCAGCCAAACUUUGCCUUCUGAGCCAUUUGA